ACUUUCAUCAUCACAAUAACAUUGGUCAAUUUCGGGACUUUUUCAGUAAUUUUAAGCGAUUUUAGGCCUUUUAGAUGUUAAUUUAGUGCAUAAAAGGUACUUUUGGACUCGAAACACUUGAAAUUACGCAAAUUCAAAAGGAUCGUCAAAUUAAACAAAGAAAGUCAUGGAUGAAGAUUACAGUUUUCAAAGACAAGCUCUUCCCGUUCCGCCCCUUCCACCGAAUUUUAAUCCAGAUGUGCAACCAGAGUCGGGCGAGCAAUAUUUGCAACAAGUCCUUUACGAGCGAACAAAAAAGUGCGCCGACAUCGUUCACGUUCCCGCCCCCUCCAAAAAGCUGCCAUGCAAAAGUAUUCUGAAAGUUUUCAACGACGACACAAAUCGCGUACCGCCGAGCCAGAAACAGAGCACCAUCGAAUGGCAACAAAUUCAAAUGGAAAAUUUCACACAACUUCGCGAUCGCAUCACGAAACUCAAAGAACUUUCCGUUUCCGAGCCGCCACAAGAACUGCCAGAUAUCGAGGAGCCAGAGAGCUGGAAAACGUAUUGCCAAACGAAUCAACCGCUGCUGAAGAUCAUCACGUCCAUUCGAAUGCGCGAAAUUGAAAUUUUGCUCGAAUAUUUGGAGACGUGGUUAAAGGAGGAGGAGAUCGCGACCAAGUCGUGGAUUACUUUGUGGAUUUAUGGAUGUCUUUCGUGUUUGUUUACGCCAUUAGAGCCGAAUUCGUGCAGUGUCUUACGGGAAAUUGCAAAGACUUGUCGCGCGUUGCGCGGAGAAAAUACGACAGAGACGGAGGAAAAUAUCUCGUAUAGUUUGUUAAUUUGUCUCAUUUCGACGUAUUUUCGACAGUUGGAUUUGAGUGAUACUUUUAAUUGAUAAUAAAUAAUUUUUUUAA